CCUACAGCCGCGAGGCCGAGAAUUUGUCCAAGCUCAGGAAUUUGCACUACCAGCACUUCAUCGAGGAGACUUUGCUCGAUCGGCUCCAGAUGGAAGACGCCAAUGCGCUCCACGAAGAGCAGAUGACCCGACUGGUCGACACUCUCGACACCAGCGAUUUUCUCUCGAGUUUCCAGCUCCAGCAAGAGAUGGAAGGCUAUCGACGGUUGUUUCCAAAGUUUUUCCAACAAAAGAACCCUAAAGAAAUCUCGUCGCCUGAGAGAUUCGAACUCUCGCGGGCAGAACCCAUGUACUUAGCAGGCACACGCCUUAACCACUCGGCCAAAGCGACUUAGAGAUGCUAAUAAUUUGCAUAAAGCUCAUUUUGAAUUGAGAUGACUUUAAUAAAAAAAGGAACCCUAAAUAACACCACUAAUCCAACUUUGACCUAAGAUGGCUUUAAGAAAUUUCAAUGUAGCACUCGCCCAAGUGAAAGAUUUAGCCCAAGCCGAGCUUCUCUUCGCCCAAAUGCCAUGUAGGGACCUCAUCUCAUGGAAUACGAUGCUAAAUUGUUACUCCAGAUCAAACCAAGCGCGUUCUUUCUUUGAUACGAUGCCGGAGCACGACGCUAUUUCUUGGGCUGUUAUGCUCUCCGCAUAUACCCGGGACGGGCAUAUUUCCAUAGCGCAGUCACUCUUUGAGGAGAUUCCGGAGCGGAAUCUUGCGGCGUGGAAUGUCAUGCUGGUUGCGUACACUCACCAUUCCUUGAGGGAAGAGGCGUUGCAAAUAUGCGAGAGGAUUCCGGAACAGAAUGUGGUUUCAUCAACGGCUACAAUCGUCGCUUUUGCCCGGACCGGGCAUUUGGAAAACGCCGUGGAUGUUUUUAUGGUAAUGGAGGAGCGUGAUACGGUGUCGUGGGUGGCCAUGCUGUGGGCUUACGUAAACUGUGGUAGAAUAUUCGAGGCCGAGUUUUGUUUCCUGGAGAUGCCAGUGUGGGGAAUCGAGGCAUCAAAUGUCAUGAUUCAAGCAUAUGCCGAAAGCAGGGAAGUCGGAAAAGCGAGGGUUUUGUUUGAUCAGAUGGCGAGAUGGGACGCCAUCACCUUUACCGUAAUGCUUGUGGGCUAUGGAAAAUGCGGUAAAAUCGAAGAUGCUACGUGUUUGUUUGAAAAGAUUCCGGAGCACGACGUCGUGUCCAUGACAUCAAUGCUUUUCGCAUAUGCCCAAAAUGGGCAUUUGCGGGAAUCAAAGAACAUCUUUGUAAAGAUUCCUUUUUGGAGUGUGGUUUCAUGCAAUGCGAUGCUCGCAUCUUUUUCGUAUCACGCAUGUAUGAAUGAAGUGCAAUUGUUGUUUGAUAAGAUGGAUAUCAAAGAUCAAGUAAGCUGGAACACUUUGCUCGCAGCAUAUGCCAAAGAAGGGCAAAUUGCGAAGUGUGGGAAGAUCUUCGAAGCGAUGGACGAGAAAGAUAUCGUUUCAUGGAGCUCGAUCCUUGCCGCGUACGCUCAAUCGCGCUGCCUGCUCCACGGCGAAACGCUUCGUGUCUUAAACACGAUGAAUCUCACGCACUCUCCCGACGAAUCCUGCUUUGUGUCGGUGCUCCUCGCUUGCAGCCACGCCGGGAAGCUCGAGGCCGCGAGGAGGAGCUUCGUGUCGAUGCGAAUGGAUUUCGGCCUAAAUCCUACCAAGCAGCACUACUGCUGCGUGCUAGAUCUCUGUGGGCGCCUGGGCCGAUUGGACGAGGCAUGGGAGCUCAUCGCGGCGAUGCCAUUCGUGCCGGACGCGCUAGAUUGGAAGUGCUUGCUCGCCUCCUCGUAUAGGAGCUUGGAGCAUCGAUCCGAGCGUGAUCAUGCGAAGCUCCUCGUGGAAACAUCCUCUCCUUUCUUUGUGCUCCUAGCAAACGCUUGCCCAGCUCGAUCGCCCACGAAAUCUAGUCGCCCUUGACAGACAUGUUGUUCUUCCCUGCUCGAUCGCCCAUGAAAUGUGAUUUUUCUC